CGAUAGAAGCAUGUAUACUGAGAAAUGGGGUAUUCAGUGAGAGAACAAACGUGGUGGGUGGUGGUGGUAGUGGGAAUGACAAUAUUGGGGCUUCAUGUUGGAGGAGGAGAGGGAUGCUUGAGAGAAGAGAGAGAAGCUCUUCUGAAACUGAAAGAAGCAUUCAAUUACCCAAAUGGCUCUUCUCUUCCUUCUUGGAAUAACCUUACCAAUCAUUCUGAUUGCUGCACUUGGGAGCGUGUAGCCUGUGACAACUACACUCACAGAGUGAUAGAGCUUGAUCUGAGUCACACCAGACCUCAAGAGUUGAGACGCAUCAAAUGGUCCCUUAAUGCUUCUUACUUUCUCCCUUUCCACCAACUUCAACACUUGGAUUUGUGGGCGAAUUACUUGUCACAGUCAGGGCUGUUUGGCGAUAUUAAGCUCCACAGCUUGGAACGGCUGCAUUUUGGGGAAAAUGAGCUCACAGAAGCCCCAUCUUUUGAUCUUUCUCGUUCACGCAAUUUGAAGGUUCUGAGCCUUCUUGGGAAUUUCUUGGAGGGUAGUCUUCCAGAAUCUAUUAUGUCUCUUACUUCCCUCACCUUCUUAUCAUUAAGCCACAAUAACAUGAAUGGCUCACUGCCAAAACAAGGAGGCUUGUGCAAUAUGAAGAAUCUUCAACAAUUGGAUCUUUCUUUAAACAAUUUCGAGGGAAAACUUCCAAUGUGCCUUGGCAAUUUGACAUCUCUAAGUUUACUUGCUCUUAACUCGAAUGGUUUUGAAGGAAUCUUUCCUUCCUGGCUCUUUCAUACUUUGAGAUCUCUAGCCACAAUUUCUUUCUCCGAUGACAAUUUCAGGGGCUCAUUCUCACUUUCUUUGCUUGCCAACCACUCCAAUCUUCGAGACUUUCACAUGUCAUGUUAUAACACCAAUGUCAAGCUCGAAACUGAGAAUCCCUCAUUUUUCCCUUCCUUCCAAUUGAGUUAUCUAUACAUCAACGGCUGCACUCUGAAUGAAGUAAACAAUAACAAAAUGCCUACCUUUCUUCUUUAUCAACAGGACUUGCUUGUUCUAGAACUCACACACUUGAACAUUUCGGGAGCUUUCCCAUCUUGGCUCUUGACAAAUAACACAAAAUUAAAUACUUUUGCUAUGAGCAACAACUUGUUGAUUGGUCCAUUUGAACCCAAUUCCACCUCAAAAUUGCUUCAAAUGCAAUUUUUCGAUGUUUCCUCUAAUCCCAUUAAACAUGAAGUGCCUUCAAACAUUGGCUCUAUUUUUCCCAACUUGAUUUCUCUAAACAUGUCUUCGUGUUCAUUGCAAGGUAUUUUUCCAGCUUCAAUAGGUGAAAUGAGACAAUUGAAUGAUCUUGACUUGUCAGAUAAUAAUUUAUCUAGUUACUUGCCCCAAGAAUUUGGUCGUGGGGGCUCUGAGUUGAGGUUUAUGAGGCUAUCAAACAAUAACCUGAGCAGCCCAUGUUUUCCUGUCAAAUCAACUUUUAGAUAUUUGUUGUUCGUUGGUCUCAACAAUAAUAACUUCAAAGGAAACAUUCCAACUGGGAUAAUUAAUAGUACGGGAUUAAGAAUGUUGGAUUUAAAUGCCAACCAGCUAUCUGGUGAAAUACCAAGCUGGAUUGGAAAUUUUCAACGUAUGAGCUACCUCAUUUUGUCCAAGAAUUCUUUGAGAGGUUCAGUACCACAAAGCUUUUGCAACUUAACUGAGCUUAUAUAUCUAGAGCUUUCUGAGAAUAAAUUCAAGGGCUCUUUGCCAAGUUGUCUCAAUAUGCCAUUAUUGAAAUACUUGCAUUUGCAAAGCAACCAAUUCAUGAGACCUUUACCUUCUACUUUAGCCAAUUCUCCCUUGCUGACUUUGGAUUUGAUGAGAAAUAAUUUUUCAGGUCAAGUUCCAAUAUUAUUUAGCUUAUUUUUGAAUUUAAGGGUUCUCAUCUUGAAAGAAAACAAAUUAAAGGUUCCAUUCCUAUUGAUUUGUGUGAGCUCAGGAAAAUAAGUAUAUUAGAUCUUUCUCAAAAUAAGCUUUCUGGAAGGAUACCAUAUUGCUUGAGUAACAUUUCAUUCGGAAGGAGGGAUGCACUACAAGAAACAAAAAUAGGCUAUUUCAUUACGUCAUGGAUGAUAAAACUUCCAUUGUUUGCAUGGGACUGGACUUUUAGAAUUCAUAUAUAUAAAAGUGAAGGAAAUGUUACCUUGUCUAGAUAUCAAGAAAUAGAUUUUACAUCCAAAUGGAGGUUUGAAUCUUACAAAGGGAAUAUUUUAAAUUUGAUGUCCGGUUUGGAUCUCUCAGGAAAUCAAUUGACAGGUAAAAUUCCUUCACAAAUUGGAUACUUAAGCACUAUUCAUGCCUUAAAUUUGUCAAAUAAUGAUUUGAAAGGGCCUAUUCCAGAUACGUUUGUUAACCUUAAGCAAAUAGAAAGCCUGGAUCUUUCACACAACAAAUUGACAAGCCACAUUCCAGCACAAAUAACACAACUUUACUACUUGUCUGUCUUUUCCGUGGCCUGUAAUAAUCUAUCUGGAAUGACUCCUAACAUGCAAUAUCAAUUUUCAACUUUUGGACUAAGUAGUUAUGAAGGGAAUCCUUUUCUAUGUGGCCCACCUCUAUGGAAAAAUUGUUCGUCUAUUGAUGAUAAACAAUUUAGGAGAUCCAAGGAACUUCAUCAUUGGAAAGAUGAUAACUUCCAAGAUGCCUUCUUGUGGACUUUUGCAGGAGCAUAUGUGGUGUUUUGUCUUGGGGUCAUUAUGGUUCUUUAUCUUAACCCUUACUUUUGCAAUUACAUGUUAUUAGAAAAAGUCUUGGCGAGUUAUUUGUACAGGUGGAGGCAUGCAUAAAAGAACGACCUUUUAAUAGUUCAUGUUAUUUUGACCAUGUAAUGUAACUGAUGUGCUGAACUCUAGUAGAAGUACAAAAUGAAAGAUGGCCAAUUUGAAGUCUUCUCAUGAUCAGAAAAGAAGUUAUAUUAAAAUAUUCAACCCAUCACUUUGUUCUUCUCUUUGUGUUGUAGUUCAGCUUAUUAGACAUAAUAAAUGAAGCAUUGCAGUUGUGUUGACUA